UCAAAAAUGUCAGGCGCUCACAUUUUCUGUUUACCUUGUCUUCGCAUUGAAUCAAAAUCAUUUUCAUCCAAUUGUGUCCCAAUAAUAAAUGUUUUGUACCUGAAGCAUGGUUUAGAAGCAGCCUUUCUCUUCUGUGCAAUUGAUUUUGUUUUAGUGUAAAUGAAAUUGAAGUGAGGUAGGAAAAUAUGGUCAUUCGUUCGAGUGUGCAAUAAAAAUUGUAAUUCAAAGUGUGAACUUACCUACUAUUGUUUACAAAUCAACGUUUGAAAAGUGUAUUGGUUUUCUCUUCUGCUGUAUGAUGGUCUCAUCGAUUUGUUUAUAAUUGCUUCGAUGUGUACAUUUUUCCAUCGAUACGUUCUUAGUGUUAAUUGAUUUACAUGUAAUAUUAGCGGUCAAAGUAAGGCGUAGACAAUUUUUUUUCGUUGUUUUAAUCCAGUGUUACUAGCGCGGGUUUUUUGUCGCUGAAAAACCAAAAUUUUUUAUUACUUUCCGAAUAUGCCUUCAUCGUCAGAAAUGGAACGGAAAUUUAACGCAGCAGUAAAUGUUAUUCGUGGACUACCUAAAAAUGGCUCAUAUCAACCCAGCAACGAUAUGAUGCUAAGAUUCUAUUCGUUCUACAAACAAGCAACGUUAGGAUCGUGUACGCAGCCCAAGCCAGCAUUCUGGGAUGUGGUCGGCCGAGCAAAAUACGAUGCGUACAAAGCUCUCGGCAAUAUGCCAAAAGAACGAGCAAUGGAACUGUACGUUGACGAACUGAAGAAAAUCAUUGAAACGAUGAGCUACACGGAAAAUGUUGCCGAAUUUAUGGGUAUUAUGAACGAUUUUCAAGGGAACGACGCCGAUGAUCGGGAAGCCGUUGCACCGCAAGCGAUCAGAGAUGUUGGGUCGAAUUCCACUUCAAGAUCAGUAUCCAGAGACGCUAGUCCAGUACGGGAAGCGAACGGAUUAACCAAUGGGAGGAGCAGCAGACAGGAAUAUUCUACGGUCAAUGGGAACUCUCACAUUCAGGAGAUACUACAAAAUGGGUAUUCCAGUGAUCAACAUUCCGAUGACGAAUAUAUUGACACGGUUGAGGACGACGUUUAUUUGCUUAGGGAACCAAUCAUACAGAACCGUAUACCCCGACCGACUACGAGACGUCCAUACAUUGAACCACAAAUUAGAGAGAUAACCACCACAACCACAACCGCCUCAAUAAAUUCCAAGCCAAUCGAGCCGGUAAUUCACCAAAUACUCCGUACGAUCGAAAGUAUGCGCAUCGAUCUGCAACGGAUAAACAGUCGCAUUGACAACGUUGAACGGUCAAUGACUGACGUCAAGAACCAUCAGCUGAGGAAGAAGAUCAUGACACUAAGAUAUCCGCGAUGGUGGCCAUUUGCGGAUAUAUCGCCAAAUUGGUUUUUUGUAUUAAUACUGUGGCCAUUUGUGGCCCGUCAACUGGCUCGUAUGUUACAGAGAAAGUCAAAGUAAAGUUGAAAGUGUGAUCGG